AUGUCAUUACAUACACCAACAAAACUUGGCGAUCAAACAGCCGAUUAUUGGGACACUGUAGGUCAUUAUCAUGAUGAUAAUGAUUGUUACACAAACGUAUUUGCAAAUGGAAUUAUUGCUGAAGAAAAGCAUAUGCAUAUGAGUUAUUGUGAAACUACCAAUAAUAAUCAUCCCUCAAGAUAUCAUCAUAAUUCUCCCACAAAUGAAAUUAGACCUGAAACUUCUAACAGAUUGAUACCAACGAUACGUGUUUUACAUCAGAUGGAACCAACUUCUUUACACACUCACUCCCAUCCUGAAUUCAUCCGCCGCCCUUCCACUCGAAUACCAGUGGUACAAUAUUUUGAUGAGUCAUCACAAAUUCAUUAUCAUCAUUAUCAUCAUCAUCAUCAUCAUCAUCCACUAUCAUACUAUCAACGUUCAAUGGAAUGUAUUUGUCAAGGUGUUUUAUGCCAACAAUGGAUGCCUUCAAAAAAUCAAACAUAUCCAGAGCAGGUGACAUGCAUACCGCACGAACAGCAACAACAACAACAAGAUGUUGAGACUGUAAACAGAAAUGCUUCAUCAGUAGUAUCACCGGAAUUACUUGGAGGAUUAUUUGUAACUAACAAUAAUUCUCAAUUAAAUAUUGCUAUUAAUUUCAAAAAAAAGCCAGUUAGUACUCAUAUUAAUUCGGUAUGCUCAAAUUGUGGUACCAAGGAGACGACAUUAUGGCGUCGUAGCAAUAUGGGAGCUGUAGAGUGCAAUGCAUGUAAUUUAUAUUAUCGCAAAAACAAUCGACCACGGCCAAUAACAAUGUCAAAUAAAAUACGAAAACGAAUUCGCUUGCCGCGUUAUCAUUUCCCAUGA